AUGCCUACUUUGCGCCAGAUCCUGCUUAAGGGCCUUUCAUUUCUUACCUCGUUAAUAUCCGUUCUGGUACUCUAUAAAGGAAUUGGUGUCUUAGCAAACACGCAAUCCCCUCUGGUUGUCGUGCUAAGUGGCUCCAUGGCACCGGCUUUCCAUAGAGGAGAUAUUUUAUUUUUGACUAAUCCUCGUACUAUCCAGUACAAGACCGGUGAUAUUGUGGUGUACAGUGUUCCUGGCGCAGAAAUACCCAUUGUCCAUCGUGUAAUGCAGGCUCUUGAUAUUGAAAGGGAAUAUGACGACGCUCGAUAUCCUCUCGAUGGUGAUGUGAAGUGGUUUGUUCAGCCACAAUACAAGACAUGGCAAGCGGAAAGUGAAGGCGAUGCGCGGGACCAACUUCUCUUGACCAAGGGAGACAAUAAUGAUGUUGAUGAUAUUGAGUUGUAUAAUGGGCUCGAUGGACUUCAGCGUAAACAUAUCAUUGGGAAAGUCCGUUGGUUCCUCCCGUACGUUGGAUAUGCCUCCAUCAUCAUGAAUGAAAUGCCGCUUGUCAAAUACGGUUUCUUUGCUAUACUUGGACUUGUUUCUAUUUUGUAA